GGGUGCGGGGAAGUUGGGGAGCAGAGCCCGCUAGGUGAGCAAGUAGGGUAAGGCCGCACCGACCGGGUCCGUUGAGAAAGAAGGAAACUGAGCAGGAAGGCAGCUGACGGGCGGAUCCCCGGACAGAGCGCUAAGGUUGUGUGGAACGCGCUGCUCCCGGGAUGGCGACUGCAGAUACUCCGGCCCCGGCCUCCAGUGGCCUCUCGCCCAAGGAAGAAGGGGAGCUCGAAGAUGGGGAGAUCAGCGACGACGAUAAUAACAGCCAGGUACGGAGCCGGAGCAACAGCAGCAGCAGUGGUGGCGGGCUGUUACCGCACCCGCGGCGAAGGCCUCCUCACCCGGCCCGGGGCGGUGGAUCUGGCGGAGGCGGUGGCUCCUCCUCGUCAUCGUCCUCUUCUCAGCAGCAGCUGAGGAAUUUUUCACGCUCGCGGCACGCGUCGGAGCGGGGCCACCUCAGGGGACACAGCAGCUACCGACCCAAAGAGCCGUUCCGGUCUCACCCGCCCUCCGUGCGGAUGCCUUCAAGCUCGCUGUCCGAAAGCAGUCCCCGGCCGUCCUUUUGGGAACGGAGCCACAUCGCCUUGGACUGUUUCCGUUUUCGAGGCAGGCCUUACCGGGGUGGGAGUCGCUGGAGUCGGGGGCGAGGAGGGGGUGAGCGAGGAGGCAAGCCAGCGGGCAGACCUCCUCUGGGAGGAGGAGCGGGAUCCGGAUUCGGAAGCAGUCAGAGCUGGCGAGAGCCCUCUCCACCUUGGAAGAGUUCUAAAAGUUUUGGAAGAUCUCCAUCAAGAAAACAGAAUUAUUCAUCAAAAAGUGAAAACUGUGGGGAAGAAACUUUUGAAGAUUUACUUUUGAAGUAUAAGCAAAUACAGUUGGAACUAGAGUGCAUCAAUAAGGAUGAAAAACUAGCUUUGAGUAGCAAAGAGGAGAAUGUGCAAGAAGAUCCUAAAACACUGAACUUUGAGGACCAAACAAGCACUGAUAAUGUCAGUAUUACAAAGGACUCAAGUAAAGAAGUAGCUCCUGAAGAGAAAACACAGGUCAAAACUUUUCAGGCAUUUGAAUUAAAACCACUCAGGCAAAAAUUGACUUUACCAGGAGAUAAGAACCGGUUGAAAAAAGUUAAAGAUGGAACAAAACAGCUUUCCCUGAAAUCUGACACUACUGAAUCUAGUCAAGGAUUAGAAGAUAAGGAACAAAAUUUAACGAGAAGAAUUAGUGCCUCAGAUAUUCUAUCUGAAAAGAAGCUUGGUGAAGAUGAAGAGGAGCUAUCUGAAUUGCAGCUUCGUCUUUUGGCUCUUCAGUCAGCCAGUAAAAAAUGGCAACAAAAAGAACAGCAGGUGAUGAAAGAAAGCAAAGAAAAGCUGACUAAGAUGAAAACUGUACAGCAAAAAGUUAAAACCAGUACAAAAACACAUUCAGCCAAAAAAAUUAGCACUACAGCUAAACAAGCAUUGAGGAAGCAGCAAACAAAGGCAUGGAAGAAACUACAACAACAAAAAGAACAGGAAAGACAGAAAGAAGAGGAUCAACGGAAACAAGCUGAAGAAGAAGAGAGAAGGAAAAGAGAAGAAGAAAUCAGAAAAAUUCGAGAUCUCUCAAAUCAGGAAGAGCAAUACAAUCGAUUCAUGAAAUUGGUUGGUGGAAAGAGGAGAUCAAGGAGUAAAUCUUCAGAUCCUGACCUGAGACGAUCCUUAGAUAAGCAACCUACUGAUAGUGGAGGAGGCAUUUAUCAAUAUAACUAUGAAGAAGUUGCUAUGGAUACAGAUAGUGAAACCAGUUCUCCAGCUCCUUCACCAGUGCAACCACCAUUCUUCUCUGAAUGUUCAUUGGGGUAUUUUUCUCCGGCACCAUCUGUUUCUUUGCCUCCACCACCUCAGGUUUCUUCAAUACCACCUUUGAGCCAGCCUUAUGUGGAAGGCUUGUGUGUUUCUCUUGAACCUCUACCUCCUCUACCACCUUCACCACCUCUUCCACCUGAAGAUCCAGAACAGCCUCCAAAACCACCUUUUGCAGAUGAGGAAAAAGAGGAAGAAAUGCUGCUUCGAGAAGAGCUACUUAAAUCUCUAGCAAAUAAAAGAGCUUUCAAGCCAGAGGAAACAUCCAGUAAUAGUGACCCACCUUCACCUCCAGUUCUGAACAAUUCACAGCCUGUGCCAAGAAGCAAUCUAUCGAUAGUCAGUAUUAAUACAGUAUCUCAGCCUAGGAUACAGAACCCAAAGUUUCACAGAGGACCUUGUCUUCCACAAACUGUGAUCUCGCUUCCAAAGCAUAAAUCAGUGGUUGUAACCCUAAAUGAUUCCGAUGAUAGUGAAUCUGAUGGAGAGGCAUCCAAGUCAACCAAUAGUGUUUUUGGUGGAUUGGAGUCCAUGAUUAAAGAAGCAAGACGAACUGCUGAGCAAGCUUCAAAACCAAAAGUACCUCCAAAAUCUGAAAAAGAAAAUGAUCCCAUGCGAACACCUGAAGCUUUGCCUGAAGAAAAGAAGAUUGAAUAUAGAUUGUUAAAGGAAGAGAUUGCCAAUCGUGAGAAGCAGCGUUUGAUUAAAUCAGAUCAGCUGAAGACAAGUUCAUCAUCCCCAGCAAACUCUGAUGUAGAAAUUGAUGGGAUUGGCAGGAUAGCAAUGGUUACUAAGCAGGUUACAGAUGCAGAAGCAAAACUUAAAAAACAUAGGUGA